GAGUGCUCUGAAUCCCGCGAGCUCCUCCUCGUCGGCUUCCUCCUCCCCAAGCUCGCACCAGCCAAACACCCAAGAGAGCGUCUCGCCGCCGUCCACCACCACCGCCUCACCGCCCCUCUCUCCGUGCUUUCUCCUUCCGCUCCACCUCGCCGUACGGGCGAAGACAAAAGACGACCAAGAAGCCAAGAAGCGGCUUCUUGGGGACAGCCCUCCAAUGGCGCAGGGCGCCGGGAAGAAGCUCGGCAAGGCGAAGGCGUCCAAGUACGAUGUGAAGGUGUCCGCUCUGGAGCUCCCUGGUGCGCCGACUGGGUCCGGGGUGGCCGCGCUGCAGCUCCCGGGCGCGCCACCACCGCCGACCCAGCCCGAGGUCGACACGACAUCUCAGGCGACCGCGUUGCAGCUCCCAGGCGCGCGACCCCAGCCGCCUCGCCCGCUUACGAUCUUCCCCGCCCCCGCUCACCUUCCGCCUCAGGCCGACGCGGUCUGGUUCAGGAGCUUGCUGGAGGCCCUCCGACUCCGGUUUCCGGGGCCGGUUGUGGCGAGGAUCUUCGAGGCCUUCCAGGGCGCGUGGAGCGGGCCGCCGCCAGCAGCAGCGCCGGUGAUCAACAAGAAGAAGAAGAACAAGAAGAAGGACAAGAAGAAGAAUACCUUGCUCCCCGUGCCGCGGCGUAGUAAGGCAUGGUUGUACUGGGAGAAGCGACCCCGCCGCCGGGUGAUCCCUCCUCCUCCUGCUCCUGUUCUUGAUGAGCCGCAGCCCGCACCAGUGCCACUGAAGACGAACAAGGAUGAUGAGAAGACGAACAAGGAUGAUCGGCAGACCAAGAAGGAUGUGCCAGUGAUUAUCGAUGGAGUGGCUGUCCCUGCUGCGGUUGAGGAGAGAUAUAAGAGGUACUGCAGAAUAGCUGGAUCCUGUCCGGCGACGACGACAGUGUGUCAUCUUUGUAUUUUCGAGGAGGAGCUUCACCCAAACGGCAUUGUUCGCACCUCAGAGAUGAUCAAGCAUUGCAACAGGCACAGUUCAGUAGCUGUUCGCUGCGGCAGGUUUGGAUGUGCUGCUAAGAUUCCUCCAGGCCUCGACCUGCUCUGGCACACUCAUUUUUGCCACGACCUGCCUGUUGAUUGGUGGCUACCAUAGAGACAUGCUUGUACUAGGAAACAAAAUGUUGUUAGCA